AUGCGGGGCACGUGUAGCCAUCCAGACUGCACUUGCGGUGGAUUCGUCACGCGCAAAGAUGCAUCGGGUUAUCCAGAAUGCCCGACGGGAUGGUGUCUAAUCUGCCGUCAUGCCCCAGCGGAGCACGGACUUCUCAUGGACAUGAACAGUAUGACGUACGCAGAUCCCAUACGAGAUCAUGAAACUGAGGCCGUGAGGUCAGAUCAUGAAAUGGAGAUUUCCUUCGAAGAGGAACUUGGUACGUCUAUUGUUGCAACUACAUCUUCUGACAACAUACACGUGGACCAGGAGUCCUUUCACCCGACUCGGAUCGUCCCGAGAGCUUUGUUCAGUAGCGCAAAUCCCACUACCAGGCCUCCUCCCUCAGCAUCAUGCACUCCACAUACGAGUCUAGAGUUAAACACUCUAAGUUCGUCUGGGGGAGCAUCAUCAUCUGCUUUGUUCAGUAGCGCAAAUCCCACUGCCAGGCCUCCUGCCUCAGCAUCAUGCACUCCACAUACGAGUCUUGACUUAAGCACUCCAAGUCCUUCUGGGGGAGCAUCAUCUUCUGGUACACGUGGUACGCCAUUGUCUUCGCCUGCACCGACACCUGCAGUUACCGGUCAACCAUCUGCACCUUCAGACAUGCAUGAUCUAGGACCUAGAUGGAAGCACAGUCUACCAAGGUUUCCUGUUUGCAUGAACCCUCUACUCUACGGGGAGGAGCUGGAUGCACGUAGAAGGAAGGUCUUAACAGGGCACCUGAGAGACUACCUCAUUCGCUUCCUCGACCGAAAUGACCUUAUUAACAACGGGACAACAGCUGGAAGAAGGUGGGCGUAUAACGCUCUGGGGGAAGCGCUUCACCAUGCCUACCCAGACAUGAUAUUCGACAAAGGGAAGCCUGGCACCAAAAUUGCUACACUCGCCAGCAGAGAAUGGGCUGCAGUGCUGGUAUUCAUGCGCAAAUUGCGUCAUUCUGCGCCACAUAUAAUUUUUAGUGCCAACUAG